GCGCGCGGCGGGGGAGCGGCUGUGGCAGCGCGCGGCGGAGGCGCUGCGCGAGAUCGGCCGCCAGUAUCCCCUGCUUUGCUGUGUUAUCUUGGGGCUGAGUGUGGUAAGCUGGUAUUUUCACAUUCUAAUGAUCUUCUGGUCAUUUGUGGCAGGAGUUGUCACAUUCUAUUGUUCGUUUGGACCAGACUACCUCUUCCCAAAUAUGUUGUUCGUGCUAAAGCGUAACACCAAGGAAUUAGACCUGCAAGAUCCAUUUCUUCAAGGUCAUGGGUGUGCUGUUUGUGGUAAAGUCAAAUGUAGAAGGCAUAGACCCGUAUUACUGCUAGAAAGCUAUCAGCCAUGGCUGGACCUGAAAGUCCCUUCUAAAGUUGAUGCAUCCCUAGCAGAGGUGUUUGAACUAGUGCUAGAAAAUUUUGUUUAUCCUUGGUACAGGGACAUAACAGAUGAUGAAGCGUUUGUGGAUGAACUAAGAGUAACCCUGCGAUUUUUUGCAUCGGUAUUACUCCGCAGAAUUUACAAGGUGGAUGUUCCAUCUGUUAUAACAAAGAAAAUGUUGAAGGCAGCUUUGAAGCAUAUAGAAGUAAUAGCAAAAGCUAGCCAGAAAGUGAAAAAUGUUGAAUAUUUAUCACAAGCUGCCUUAGAAGAGUAUGGACCAGAGCUUCAUGUGGCCUUAAGAAGCAGAAGAGAUGAACUUCUUUAUUUAAGGAAACUUACGGAACUUAUUUUUUCCCAUAUUCUACCUCCAAGAGCAACAGACUCCAGAUCACUCUCCUUGCUUGUAAGAGAAAUCUUGUCUGGUUCUGUGUUUCUUCCCUCCAUGGACUUCUUAGCUGAUCCAGAUACUGUGAAUCACUUGCUGCUUAUUUUCAUAGAUGACAGUCCACCUGAAAAAGCUACAGAACCUGCAUCUCCUGUGGUUCCUUUUCUACAGAAGUUUGCAGAGCCUCGAAAUAAAAAACCCUCUGCCUUGAAGCUGGAUCUGAAAGAAAUUAGAGAACAACAAGAUCUUUUCUUCCUCUUUAUGAAUUUUCUGAAACAGGAAGCAGCAGUGCACGUAUUGCAGUUUUGCCUGGAUGUAGAGGAAUUCAAUAACAAAAUUUUGCAACCAGAAUUACCAGAUAACGAGAAGCUGAACCUUCAUGAAGAAGUGCAGAAAAUCUACAAAACAUAUUGCUUGGAUGAAAGUAUUGACAAAAUUCAGUUUGAUCCUUUCAUUGUGGAAGAGAUAAAGAGUAUUGCCGAGGGCCCCUAUGAUGAAGUUGUGAAGCUGCAAACCAUGCGGUGCUUUUUUGAAGCCUACGAACACGUUUUGUGCCUCCUAGAGAACGUCUUCACUCCUAUGUUUUGUCACAGCAGUGAGUAUUUUAGGCAUCUCUUAAAAGGAGUUGAGUCUCCAACACGCAAUGCCAGAUUCAACAGAAGUAGCCUCAGUUUGGAUGACUUUCGGAGCACUCAGAAAAAAGGAGAAUCCUUUGGCAUCAGCAAAAUAGGCAGCAAAAUCAAAGGGGUAUUCAAGAGCACCACAAUGGAAGGGUCCGUGCUGCCCAGUUAUGGUCUGGCUGAAGGCGAGGAUGACUUGAUUGAAGAAGGCAUUAUGGUAAUGGAAGAUGAUUCUCCUGUGGAGGCAGCUAGUACUCCGAACACACCUCGCAAUCUUGCAGCUUGGAAAAUUAGUAUUCCCUAUGUGGACUUUUUUGAUGACACCCCUUUGGAGAGGAAAGAGAGAAAAGAGAGAAUACCAGUAUUUUGCAUUGAUGUGGAGAGGAAUGAUCGAAUGGCCAUUGGGCAUGAUCCUGAACGCUGGUCAGUCUACAGAAGAUACCUUGAAUUUUAUGUCCUCGAGUCAAAGCUAACAGAAUUUCAUGGUACAUUUCCUGAUGCCCAGCUUCCUUCAAAGAGGAUCAUCGGACCAAAAAACUAUGAAUUCUUAAAGUCAAAGAGAGUGGAGUUUGAGGAAUAUUUGCAGAAACUUGCACAGCAUCCAGAGCUAAGCAACAGCCAGCUUUUAGCUGAUUUCUUGUCACCCAAUGGUGGAGAGACACAGUUCCUUGAAAAAAUAUUGCCUGAUGUAAAUCUUGGUAAAAUUAUCAAAUCUGUUCCAGGAAAGCUAAUAAAAGAGAAAGGCCAGCACUUGGAGCCGUUCAUUGUAAAUUUUAUUAACUCCUGUGAAUCUCCCAAGCCUAAACCAAGUAGGCCAGAGAUUACGAUUCUCAGUCCUACUUCUGAAAAUAACAAAAAGCUUUUUAAUGAAUUGUAUAAGAACAAUGCAAACCGCUCUGAGAAUUCAGAACGAAGACAAAAUCAGAACUAUUUUAUGGAAAUGAUGACAGUGGAAGGAGUCUAUGACUACUUAAUGUAUAUUGGCAGAGUGGUUUUCCAUAUUCCUGACUGGCUUCAUCAUAUCUUGAUGGGAGGACGUAUUCUCUUCAAAAACACCUUGGAGGCAUACACAGAUUAUUAUUUGCAGCGUAAGCUAGAAGAACUCUUCCAAGAACACCGUUUGGUGUCACUUAUAACACUUUUGAGAGAUGCUGUGUUUUGUGAGAAUUCUGAACCACGCUCCCUUCAGGAUAAGCAGAAACGGGCAAAGCAGACGUUUGAAGAAAUGAUGAAAUACAUUCCAGACUUGAUAGGCAAGUGCAUUGGAGAAGAGGCCAAGUAUGAAGGCAUAAGACUACUGUUCGAUGGAUUACAGCAGCCGGUGCUAAACAAACAGCUGACUUAUGUACUGCUGGAUAUUGGGAUACAGGAACUCUUUCCAGAGCUCAGUUCGGUUCAAAAGGAUUCUGCUUCUGCUUCUUUACCAUCAUGGAUGUAA